AUGUCUUGCACAGAAGUAAGCACCUUCUGGCGUCUCUGCGGCCACAUCGUCCAAGGAACCAGACACGCUCUUCCCUGCAGAGCAGAUUUAGAAGCCCGUCAAGGCUUCCCGUGCUGGAACCCGAUGCCCAACAAGAAGCGGCCAUACUUCAUCGUGGGCUACUGCCCACUUUGCAAGGAAGCACUCACAGAGGCAGGAAUUGUUUACGAAGACGCGCACAUCGUCCACGACGGCGGCUCAAACCUACGCAUCAUCAACGGCAGCCAGAACCCCCGCCCCCCGGAAGAAGCGGGCAAAAUCGCCGUGCACGCACGAGCCGAGGUCGAGGCGUGGGAGAGAGCACACACGACGCGAGCCCAGGCCGCAGAGGAAGCUCGCGCGCUGCAGGCCCUCCGAGACAACCGCGCGAUGAACUGGGAGCUGAUGCUGACGCGCCUCAACAGCAGUAAUGAACCCGACGAGACGCCCUACUGGGGACGAUUCUCCAACCGGUGGGACGACGACAUCACGCCGCUGUACGCCGAGGCCGCGGGCCCGUUCGACGAGAACUGCGGGAUUUGCGACCUGAAUCAGGACGGCAUGUCCCGGAAGCUACCGUGCGGACACACGUACCAUCUCCAGUGCCUCGAGACGUGGUUUCGGACCGGGAACGAGCAGGAGGGGACCUGUCCUGGGUGUCGGCGCCUGUACCGGUUCCUCCUCCACUCGGACUUUGGCGAGCCGGCUUACCGGUGGUUCGGGACGGAGCGGCGCUUCUUCCAAGUGGCUGGGUACACGGAUUUCAUGGGCGUGGCGGACCGCUGGCCGGCGCAAUACAAGCGUGGGAUCCGUCCGGAUCGGUGGGGUGAGGAAUUGAAUGUUCUUGACCCUGUGGAAGACCCGCUGCCAUCUCGAUUCCACGUCCCUGACCCCCCUGAGAACGUUGAUGUCAGGGAAGCCGUAGACAAGGAGCGAGGCUGGCGUGGUGGUAUACUACAGAUCCUGCACUUCUCCGUAGUCUCCCUAAACAUAUUUUUCUCCGGGGAACGUAACGUGACUCGGCCCUUCAUUCCCCCGUGCCGAUCUGCUAUUCCUCCGCGGCAAAGUUUCACGGUCACGCGGCUCCUUCAGCCCCUUUUCCUCCUUGACUCCAACAACACAACAUCAGCAAACGAAUGCGACGGCCGGCCGAUGGGAACAGGACGCUCACGCCGCGUCGUCUCUUGUGUUACGGCCGUACGUGGGUAUUGCAUUACAUCAAAUCCGGCAGUGAAUAACCACAAGUAUGGCUUCACUGGCUGGCCCCCCCUCGGCCGAAAUCUCGUUCUUGAUUUCGAUAUCCAGAUAAACUCGAUCUUCCAGAAAUUUCAUCCCCAAACCCAAUUUUCGGGCCAAGUCACGCCCCCAAAUAGUCAACUCUCUCUUGAUAUCUUCAAACAUCUCUCACCCCUCGCCAUGGGCUCUCCAACCUUCCUCGUCGUUGGCGCGACGGGCACUCAAGGCUCCUCUGUAAUCAAGGCCCUGAUCGCCUCCCCACUCUUCCCAGCAGACGCCCACAUCCUCGCCCUCACCCGCAAUGCCUCGUCCCCUAAAGCAAAGUCCCUGGCAGCACUCAGCUCCCGCAUCAUCCCUCUCACCGGCGAUCCUACUGCCCCGGAAGCAAUCUUUACCUCCGCACCUCACCCCAUCACCUCUGUCUUCUGCGUUACCGUCCACGGUCCAGCUGGCGCAGAAGAAGCCCAAGCCGAAGGCCUGAUCAACGCUUCCCUCAAGCACGGUGUGACACACUUCGUAUUCACGUCCGGGGACCGUGGCGGUGCUGUCAAGUCUGACACCAACCCCACGCCGGUUGCGCAUAUUGCCACGAAGCAUCGUAUCGAGCUCUACUUGCGCGGAAUGACAGAGGGCACAGCUCUGAAAUGGACGAUCCUCCGUCCGGUUACAUUCAUGGACAACCUGACGCCCGACUUCUCAGGCAAAGGCUUUGCAGCCAUGUGGCAGCAAGUUGGCAAGAAACCCAUCCAACUUGUAGCAGCCUCUGACAUCGGUAUCUUCGCUGCCAAGGCCCUUCUCAACCCGGAGCAAUACCGAGGCAAGAAGAUUGGCAUUGCCGGCGACGAGCUAAAUUUCGAGGAGGCGAAGAAGGUAUUCAAAGAGCGCAUGGGUUAUGAGAUGCCGACUACCUUCUGUGUGGUGGGCACGUUGGUUAAGAUGGCUUUGGGAGAUGUUGGGACUAUGUUCAAGUGGUUUGAGAAGGAUGGGUUUGCGGUUGAUAUUGGGGAGGCGAAGAAGGAGUAUCCCGAGAUUCAGGAUUUCGGAACGUGGUUGGAGAAGAGUAGUGGUAUCUAUUGGUACCUUGAUCAGACAUCUUCGCAGAUCACAGUUUUAAAGAAACUAAACCUUCACCGAACAUCAAACGCACGCAUUCUUACGAACGGAACUGCAAACGGGAUUGCAAACGGAGAUCCUACAAUCAAGCUCUCUCAUGAAGAACACUCUCCCUCUCGAAGCGCAAGACUGAGACGCAAUCAAAGGCAACGAAAACAACGAAAACAGAAUCAUAGAGCCGAAGCUGCUGCCAGCUUCUACUUACACACCUUCAACGACCUUGCUUCAAUUUCGAACGAGAUAGCCGAGGCUCUCGACCCAACUGCUUCCGAGGCUGAAGCCUAA